AUGGCAACAUUGACCGAACCUCCAGCUCCGGUUCCUACUGCAGUUGAUAUACCCACCUACCACCAGAUACCAGAGACCUCGGCUGAUCUGGACUGGGCAGACCUCGCCACCUUAGACCUUUCUCAGUUUGACCAGCCUGGUGGCAAGUCGCAGUUAGCGAAGCAACUUUUCGAGGCUAUUCAGAAGAUUGGCUUCUUCUAUAUCAUCAAUUUUGGCCUCACCCAGGAAGAAGUCGACCGCCAAUUCUCCAUUGGCAGAGAGAUCUUCAAUCUCCCACUAGAGGAGAAACUCAAGUUCCGCGCAGAACUUGAAAAAGGUGGCUACAAUGGCUACAAGCCAAGUGGUCUUCGAGAAAUCAGCCCGGGCGUCUUUGACAACACCGAGAUCUUCAACAUCCCAAAGUUUAUCCCCGCCCUGGAGCGUCCCCAGCCGGAGAUCGUGAAUAAGAACCGACCUAUCAUUGAAGGCUUCGCACGCCAUAUUCAUGAUGAAAUCGUGCGCAAACUCCUCACUCUGUUCGCCAUCAUACUCGAGCUCCCUGAGGACUAUUUCCUCAAGGUACAUCGCUACGAGGAGAAGAGCGACUGCCACCUACGGUACAUGAAGUACCACCGCCGCACCGAAGAAGAGAACAAGAAGUCAAACGGCAUCUGGUCCAAGGGCCACACCGACUUCGGCAGCUUGACCCUGCUAUUCCGCCAGCCAGUUGCCGCGCUGCAGGUCCGUACCCCUGAGGGCGCAUGGAAGUGGGUGAAGCCGUACCCGGGUAGCAUCACGGUGAACCUUGCCGACUCGCUUCAUUUCCUCACCAAUGGCUUCCUCAAGAGCAGCGUUCACCGCGUCGUCGCACCUCCGCCUGAUCAGAGGGAUGUAGACCGUCUGGGUGUGCUGUACUUUGUCCGUCCCGAGGACGAUCUCGAACUGCGGCCGGUGGUGAGUCAAGUGCUACAGCGCCUGGGGUAUGAUCAGAUCACGGACAAUAGUGCGGUUGGCAUCACUGCUGGUGACUGGGUCAAGGCUAGAGUGGCCAAGGGAGUUGACAGAGGUGUGGCACGGAGCGACGUUGGGGACCAACCUAUCCUCAAUGGGGUUGUGGCUAAAUACUACGACUAG